UUUUGCUUUUUGUGGCUGCUUGGAUGAGUUAAACCAUGAAGUUCUACGUUCACUUUGAUGGUCCUCCGGAGUUUAGCAUGGUUUUUAGAUGGAAUAAAAGCAAAAAAGGAAAGCUGAAGCAAGUGAUGAGUACUUUUUUGGAGGCUUUCAAGGCUAACCAUGCAGCCCUCUCCGAACUAAACUUCGGAAACUUGACACUGGUGAACACAAGGAAAAUCAUACUGUCCUUGGAGCAAGACGUCACGUCGGUCAUAAAAGACGGCAUGGAUUUAUUUGUCGUUUCAAAACAACUUCCUACGCCAAAGGAGGUACGAGGAAUUGAUUCGGACCCUCCAGCUUCUAUUGCCUUUAGUAUUUCGUCUGUUCAGCCAAAGGGAAUCUUUGUCAAGAAUGGCGAACCUACUAAGUCUUCGUCUGAAAUGGAGGCGAACUUAUCGAGAAUCAGUGACAAAAAUAAGUCGAUUUUCUGCCUAAAUGAACUACGGAAAAAGGGCACGUUGAGGAGUGCAGCUCGUAUCUGUGCCCAAACACUGGCAGUGGAAGAAAACAAUUCUUCAGCUCUGUCUUGCUUGGCUGAAAUUUACCUCGAGGCUGGCCGUCCACAGAUAGCUCUGGAGUACAUUGAGCUAGCUGUUCAGGAAAACCCCACUGAUCCCUCAUUUUGCUUUGUCCUUGGAAAUUGUUUGGCUGAGAUGGGAAAACUUGAAGAGGCAUCAAAUGCUUAUGUGAAAUACAUGAGUCACUUGGAGUCUUUUGGAGCUUCUCAACGUGAAAUUCAUGAUGUUCAAGCAGCCAUUGCCAAAGUCUAUGCCAAGUCAGGGAACAAUAAAAUGGCUAAAGAUCUAUUUUCAGAUGUUUUGAAAGAAGACUCCACCCAUGCAGAGAGUUUGAAAGGAUUCGCAAUCCAUAAUGCAGGGACCAGUCAGGAGGACUUACAAGAGGCAAUAGUUAUCUUGAUGUCACUACUGGUUCACCCUGAUGGCCAACGUAAACAUGAUGUUAGAAAAGAACUUGCUAAUCUGAUGAGUUCCCCAGGGGGAAUGAGUGUGUUUGAAGAUCAGUUAAGUGAAGUCUGGUGUACAUCAGCAUCAGUGAUGUUCAUAGCUGACAUUCUGCGUGAGUGGGGUGCCUUAAAGGAAACUCUGCAGCUCGUGCAUCGUGCAUAUGUGCUAUCACCGUAUGAUCCAGGUGUCUGUCUUUAUCUUGUUCACACUUAUGAAAUCCUCAACAAGUACAAUCAAGCAUUUUUAGAAGCCCGCUCCUUUUUUAUUAAAAAUGGAGGGCUAAAAGUUGGGAGCAUUACAUGCUCACAUUUUACACCAGUGCUGAAGCAGAUCACAGGAGAUAUUUACCUGAACAACAACACAGUGAGCACUCCACCAGACUUUGAGAAGCAAGGAAACAUUGGGAAAGCUCUUGACUCUGAGUUUCAACAGCUUGGACUGUUGUUCACUGUAGUAAAAAUUUUCUUCGUAAAAGGUGCACUUAAUCUAAUCAAACCUUUCUUACCUGUCCUGGACAAACUUCACAAGGACAGAGGGUUACAUCUUACGCUGCUACGCAAUGAAGCUGCAUUUUUCUCUUGCAUCAGCCUCGUGAUGGAAGUGCCAUUCUCACCACUACCUCAAAACCCAGACUUUGUUUAUUUUGCUUCUGAUAGUCACUGUGUACCUCCUGCGUGGAGGAUUAUCAGUUACCAGAAGAAACCACAUGUCAUUUAUCCAUUGCUUGCCACUGGUGUGAAAAUUUGGCACAUCAGAAAAGAGAGCUCCUUUUACCCCAAGUUUGCUCUCUUGAAUGCAUUAAAUGAAGUGCCAAAUGGUUCAACUGUCAUUUUCAAUAUUGGAGAAAUUGAUUGCAGAGAGGGUCUGUUGAAGGCUGUUGACAGUUGCAAGUAUGACUCUGUGGAAGAAGCAAUUGAGAUGACUGUCAGCAUUUACAUUGAUUUUAUUAAAGAGCAGAGGGAACAUGGUGGUUUUGUAACUUUUGUUCAUCCCAUACUUCCUGUGUUAAAGGAGACAAGAAGUGUGGUGCUUCAAUUCAAUGAGAAACUCAAAGACGCUGUGGAGAAAUGUAGUGGACUGCAAUGGCUAGAGCUCUUGGACAAUUUACUUGUGAGGCAAACUUGUGAAUUCAACAGUGAAUAUCAUCUUGAUGGAACUCAUGUGCAUCCAAAGUAUGUUUCUCUUUUGGAGAAAGCUUUGAAAGACUCAUGGAAAGAUGUUGAAUAAUGCCAUUAUGCAGGAUUGUAAAUUUGAUGAGUUUGAUAUAUACAGUUUAAGCUAACAUAUAUGCCAAAAUUUUGAUUUUUAGCGGCUUUAAGGAAUUGUAACUUUUGUUCUCUUACAUUGUGUGACAACCAUGAGUUGCCGUCGCUUUACCCCUCAAUUUGGUUACCCCAUAUCUUAUCCUGAAUCUGACAUUAUUAUCAUGGGUGCUCAUGCAAGGGUAAUUUUGGUAUGUUGUCAUCAUAUUUAUUAUCAAGUGCAUUUAUGUUCUCAGAGUUUGUCAGUAGUUUGCUUGCUGUUAGUUCACUCUUUCAGUACCUUAAGAAAUCUGUAUCAGAACUUCUGAAUUGGGUCAAAUUUUUUUUCAGCACAAUUGGCAGUAAAACUGCAAUCUGAUUGGCCAAUUUGCCUCUGUUGAUAAGAGUACAGACAAUGCUGCUCAUGUCAACAGGACUCACACAAUAGUCUUGCACUGAAAGAAUAAUUUUAUUUGAUGUUGAUAGUGUAGUAAAAAACAAGUGGACAGUGGUUUUGGAUGGUCUGUACUCUUAUCCACAAGGAUAUUAAUCAUCACGAGGUGAAAAUUAGUUGUGGACUCACUCUGCUGUGCGUCAAGAGUCCUCAACUUUUUUGACCACGGUGAGGACAGAUAUUGUUGUCAAUAAGAAUAAAGAGCAGACUAAACCACUGUUGUUUUGUUAAAAUGGGGAAAUCAUCAGAAAAACAUGUUGAAUUA